UUGAAGAUAGCAUUUUGAACCAUUUUAUUUUGAUAGCGGAUUACAUAAUACAUGAUGCCCUGGAUGUCACAUGGAGGGGAGUGUAAGGUUUUUUGGAUUGAAAACUGAACUGUUUUAAAUCUUUUCUUUUUUCAGCAAACGGGCAUUUUCUUCUUUCAACUUUUGCCGUACCUAGGAAGGGAGGAUGGAGUAUACAUUAUCGACGGUUGGUAAAAAGUACACGCCUGGGUACAAGAUAUUCAUCGAGAAAAACGGUCAGAUGAUAUCACCUUUUCAUGAUAUUCCACUGUAUGCUGAUGCAGAAAAGAAGAUUGUCAAUAUGGUAGUGGAGAUUCCAAGAUGGACGAAUGCCAAGUUUGAGAUCAGCAAAAGUGAUAAAUACAACCCUAUCAAACAAGAUGUGCGAAAGGGAAAAGUUCGCUUUGUUCGCAACUGCUUCCCCUAUAAAGGAUAUAUUUGGAAUUACGGCGCUCUGCCGCAGACUUGGGAGGAUCCUUCAAUGAUUUCAGAGGACACAAAUGCAAAAGGAGACAAUGAUCCGAUAGACGUCUGUGAAAUAGGCCAAGAAAUAGGCUAUCAGGGCCAAAUUAAACAAGUCAAACUAUUGGGCGUAUUAGGGUUAUUAGAUGAUGGUGAAACAGACUGGAAGUUAAUUGCCAUAGAUGUCAAGGAUCCUUUGGCUGAGAAAUUGAACGAUAUAGAGGAUGUUGAGCAAUAUUUUCCUGAAUUCUUAAAGGCCACACGACAUUGGUUCAAAAUAUACAAAAUACCAGACGGUAAAGCGCCAAAUCAGUUCGCAUUUGAAGGUUCAUUUAAGAAUAAGAAAUACGCGGAAAAACUCGUCAACGAGACGCAUGAAGCGUGGCAGAGAUUAAUUCAUGGCAAAACAGACAACAAGCAUGAUAUUAAAGUUGCCAAUGUGACCAUUCAAAGCUCGCCUUACAACACCAGCAAAGAAGGCAAGUACAAUGAGGAAAAGCACCUUGAAAAAUACAAAAAGAAAUCAAGGAUAGCAGAUAAGGACGAUAGAUGGUAUUUUAUCAAGUCUAAAUUAUAGAGAGACAAUAGAGUUUUUUUAACAUUUUGUUCAAGCUUGCACAAAAACUAUUAAAAAAAUAUAAAGUCUCCUUCAUAAAAAAAAUAAAAAA